UCGCGAAAGCUCGCGGUCGCUCCGAGGCGCGCGCCGCCGGUCCUCCUUCGCUUCAUUUACUAGAGGGACCCGCGGCCACCCACGGCCGGCGCCGCAGCCCCCCAGGAGCCCGGCCCCGAGGUGUGAGAUAUUUCAAUCAAGGGAAGAAAUAGCUCUUCUCCUAAGAUGGAAUCUGUUGUUUGGGAAUGUGGUUGAUCAACUUGAUAUGUUGGCCAAGUGGUGCCCCAUGUAAUAAAAUGAAAAGAAGAGGCAAGAUGAUGUCAUUUUCCCAUAUUGUGAAACCAAAAACAAAUGCCUUUUGUGAGACCAAGUUAACAAACCUCUGACGGUGCAAAGAGUAUUUCUGUUUGAAGAACUUAACAGAAAGAUAGAAGAAGUACUUUCAAGCUGAGACCUGCAAGUGUAUAAAGAUCUAAAAUACAUAUUGAGUAGGCCUGAUCAUCUGAGUCUCGUUCAGUCGAGGAAGCAUGGCUAUGAGUUGGAUCGUCUUCAUUCUGUGGCCCUUGACUAUGUUUGUGGGGCAUAUAGGUGGGCACAGUUUGUUUUCUUGUGAACCUAUUACCUUGAGGAUGUGCCAAGAUUUGCCUUAUAAUACUACCUUCAUGCCUAAUCUUCUGAAUCAUUAUGACCAACAGACAGCAGCUUUAGCAAUGGAGCCAUUCCACCCUAUGGUGAAUUUGGAUUGUUCUCGGGAUUUCCGGCCGUUUCUUUGUGCACUCUACGCUCCUAUUUGUAUGGAAUAUGGACGUGUCACACUUCCCUGCCGUAGGCUCUGUCAGCGGGCUUACAGUGAGUGUUCGAAGCUCAUGGAGAUGUUUGGUGUUCCUUGGCCUGAAGAUAUGGAAUGCAGUAGGUUCCCAGAUUGUGAUGAGCCGUAUCCUCGACUUGUGGAUCUGAAUUUAGCUGGAGAUCCUACUGAAGGAGCCCCAGUGGCAGUGCAGAGGGACUAUGGUUUUUGGUGUCCCCGAGAGUUGAAAAUUGAUCCUGAUCUUGGCUAUUCUUUUUUGCACGUGCGUGAUUGUUCACCUCCUUGUCCAAAUAUGUACUUUAGGAGAGAAGAACUUUCAUUUGCUCGAUAUUUCAUAGGAUUGAUUUCAAUCAUUUGCCUCUCUGCCACAUUAUUUACUUUUUUAACUUUUUUGAUUGAUGUCACAAGAUUCCGUUAUCCUGAAAGACCUAUUAUAUUUUACGCAGUCUGCUACAUGAUGGUAUCGUUAAUUUUCUUUAUUGGGUUUUUGCUUGAGGACCGAGUAGCCUGCAAUGCAUCUAGCCCUGCACAGUAUAAGGCUUCCACAGUGACACAAGGAUCUCAUAAUAAAGCCUGUACCAUGCUUUUUAUGGUACUCUAUUUUUUUACUAUGGCUGGCAGCGUUUGGUGGGUAAUUCUUACCAUCACGUGGUUCUUGGCAGCUGUGCCAAAGUGGGGUAGUGAAGCUAUUGAGAAGAAGGCAUUGCUAUUUCACGCCAGCGCGUGGGGCAUCCCUGGAACUCUAACUAUCAUCCUUUUAGCGAUGAAUAAAAUUGAAGGUGACAAUAUCAGUGGCGUGUGUUUUGUUGGCCUCUACGAUGUUGAUUCAUUGAGGUAUUUUGUUCUUGCACCCCUCUGCCUGUAUGUUGUAGUUGGGGUUUCACUUCUCUUAGCCGGCAUCAUAUCCCUAAACAGAGUUCGAAUUGAGAUUCCAUUAGAAAAGGAGAACCAAGAUAAACUGGUGAAGUUUAUGAUCCGGAUUGGUGUUUUCAGCAUUCUUUAUCUUGUACCACUCUUGGUUGUAAUUGGAUGCUACUUUUAUGAGCAAGCUUACCGUGGCAUCUGGGAAACAACAUGGAUACAAGAACGCUGCAGAGAAUAUCACAUUCCAUGUCCAUAUCAGGUUACUCAAAUGAGUCGUCCAGACCUGAUUGUCUUUCUGAUGAAAUACCUGAUGGCUCUCAUAGUUGGUAUUCCUUCCAUUUUUUGGGUUGGAAGCAAAAAGACAUGCUUUGAAUGGGCCAGUUUUUUUCAUGGUCGUAGGAAAAAAGAGAUAGUGAAUGAGAGCCGACAGGUACUCCAGGAACCUGAUUUUGCUCAGUCCCUCCUGAGGGAUCCAAAUACUCCUAUUAUAAGAAAAUCAAGAGGAACUUCCACUCAAGGAACAUCCACACAUGCUUCUUCAACUCAGCUGGCCAUGGUGGAUGAUCAGAGAAGCAAAGCAGGGAGUGUCCACAGCAAAGUGAGCAGCUACCAUGGCAGCCUCCACAGAUCCCGUGAUGGCAGGUACACUCCCUGCAGUUACAGAGGAAUGGAGGAGAGACUACCUCAUGGCAGCAUGUCACGACUCACGGAUCACUCCAGGCACAGUAGCUCUCAUCGGCUCAAUGAACAGUCACGACAUAGCAGCAUCAGAGAUCUCAGUAAUAAUCCUAUGACUCACAUCACACAUGGCACCAGCAUGAAUCGGGUUAUUGAAGAAGAUGGAACCAGUGCUUAAAUUGUCCUAAGAUGGAAAACUUGUGUUGUUUAAAAAGCAGAUUUUCUUCUUUGCCUUUGCAUGACUGAUUGCCAUAACUCACUGUUAUGAUGCUUUCAGUCAGGUGCAGAUUGUGUCCACUGAAAAGUAAACUUUUGCUUUUUAUAUUGCAACAAACUUGGAACAUCAGGGCAUCCAAAAUGCUAAGAAUUAUAUCAUCGCAUAAAUAAUUCUUAUUUCUAGGUUAUGAAGAAAUAAUUAUUUGUCUGGUAAGCAUUUUUAUAAACCCACUUGUUUUAUAUUUAGAAAAAUCCUAAAUGUGUGGUGACUGCUUUAUAGUGAACUUUCAUAUAAUAUCAACUAGUUGUGAGAUAACAUUCUGGUAGUUCUGUUAAUAAAACAAAAUUUCAGAAUUAAAGAAAUUUUCUAUGCAAGGUUUAUUUCUCAGAUGAAUAGUAGGGCUUUGUAGUUUCCUUUCCACUAAGUGAAAAAGAACUGUGUUUUUAAACUGUAGGAGAAUUUAAUAAAUCAGCAAGGGUAUUUUAGCUAAUACAAUAUAAAAUCAACAGAAGAAUCUGAUUAGUCUAUUGAAGGCUUUUUUGAAAUUCUAUCAAAAUAAUCUUUAUUCAGAGAAAUACAGGAGCAGGAUUAGCGACGGAGUAAAAGCGGAGAUGGGCAUUUUUCCCAGUAAUUGUGCUGUUUUUAUUACUUUUGUAAAUAUUACUUUUACUGGCUGUGUUUUUAUAACUUAUCCAUAUGCAUGAUGGAAAACUUUUACUUUGUAGCCAUGUUUUCCCAUGUAGUAGUAUUGAUUCAUAGAGAACUUCAUGUUCAGAUAUAUUCUGUGGAAGCAUGUAAUAGAAUAAGCAUCACACAUUAUAAGGUUUUUUGUGGUAACCAUAAUUACAAAAUGGCAAAAUGUUUCCUCUGUAUUUGUUGUUGUAUUUUUCUACAGUGGGAUGUGAUCUUGCCAAAGCCACCAGAUCUUGGUGUCCAGGCCCCUCCUGUCAGUGCGUUGAUUGUCUGCACUUGCAUUGCCCAGUAGCCAAUAGGCUACAGCAUUUGCCCCACACCCUUAUUUUCAGAUUCUGGAUCAUUCUUGUUUAUAGCUGAAAUAUAUAUUAACCUAAGUCCAAAGAGGUGAUUAAUUUGGGGUAUUUGAAAAUCAUUGUAGCUAAAUGGAGCAUGAUUAGUCCUGCUGUGAAGUAUCUUUUAAUCUUAAAAAUAUCAACUCAAAAAUGUUUGACAUUUUGUCUUGUAAAAUUUAAAUAAUUUAUAAUAAAAACUGUGAACUUUAUUAGGCAUGAAAUUGAUCGGAAGGGAAAGAAAAAUUCUGGAAAAUGCUGGAUGUGUUUUAUAGAAAAGUAUAUUUAAACAAGGGAUCCUCAUCCCUGACUACAGAUCAGAAUCACUUGGGGAGCCCCUGAUACCCGACACCUUCCUCUCAUUCAGAUGAGAACUGGUAGUUUUUUAAAAAGCUUUCCAGGUGAUUCUAAUCUGCAACCUGGCUGCCAGGAGUUUUAAACUAACUUGCCCCUGAUGAUGAUGUGAUGGCAUCAUGUUGUAUCAUGUGAAAAUCUAGCUGGAUUCAGUGUUAUGCUUUUAUAUCAUUACCUGAUAUACAACUGGAAUUCUGGAUCCCACUUCUAAGGAUUCUUACUCAUUAAGUCAAAGGUGAUGGUAGGCCUUUAAAAUCUGUAGUUGUAAAAAAAAAUACCACAGGUGAUUCUUAUGCAAGUAUCCAAGAAUCACACUUCAAAAAAUAUUCUAGAUUCUAAAGAGGCCUGGCUUUGCCAUAUGCUAAUUUUUUACCUUUAACAGGUCAAUUUCUCUGAGCCUCAGUUCCCUUGUUUAUAAAUGAAGACAGAAGAUAAAUACCUACCUCACAAAGUUGUCAAAUAGGUGUCAGGUGAAAAAUCAUAUGAAAGCUCUUUGAAAAUUUUAAAGUGUUAUGAACUAUAAGGGAUUAAGAUUAUUGAGGAUUUAAGAGAUUUGUUUGAGGGCUACCAUAGUACAUUCCUUGACGUGUUUAAUUCAUGUGUACUUUUUCCUCUCUUUCUUUAAAACAAAAAGUACCAAGAAAUUAGGUGUUGACAGAAGCUUUUAUCAGGCGCAGAAGUCAGUUUUCUGAUAAUAAUAAUUUGUGUAUCAUGUUUUUUCUUUCAAAAGUAUGUAUUUCUUAAUUUUUUUUUUUUUUUUUUUUUUUUUGCCGUACGCGGGCCUUUCACUGUUGCGGCCUCUCCCGUUGCGGAGCACAGGCUCCGGACGCGCAAGCUCAGCGGCCAUGGCUCAUGGGCCCAGCCGCUCCGCGGCAUGUGGGAUCUUCCCGGACCGGGACGUGAACCCGUGUCCCCCGCAUCGGCAGGCGCACUCUCAACCACUGCGCCACCAGGGAAGCCCAAUAUUUAUUAUUAAUUCUUCUUAAGAUAUAGUUGAACAUUUGGCUCAAAUGCUUUACUUUUUCCUCCAUCUUCAUCGUCUUUUCCCUUGAAACUGGAGUUAAUACUCAAGACAAGUAGAGUCUGAAUUCCCUCACAUCUGACAGUUAGUAAACCUUUACUCUGAAAGCCAAACUUAUA